UUGGUGCGUUUUGGUCGGAAUCUGCUAGGUUGCAUCGGACCGAUGACCGCGAGGCUGUAGUAGAUUGAUCGGUGCUUGUGCUGACGAUGAGGCUGUGAUGGUUCGGCAAUGCCGAAAUUGACGAUGAUUCGAACGAUGUUGACUGGAAUUGAACUUAUUUAGACUUUGUGAAGGAACACGGUUUGCCCGAAACCAUGUCAACAAACCAUGAACCCGAUGCCGUGCUGUUCCCAUAAGAGUCCUGGGAUGGCCAAUCCGGUGCCGAUCCGCCGGCGUCGGCUACUGGAGAUUCUAGAGAUCAUCAUCAGCUCUCUCUGCAGUAUGGUGACGUGGGAGUACACCACCCAGAAUGAAAUCGCCGAAAACCCAGACGAAGGACCCCGAUCUGGAGACACUACCAGCGCCUUGGUAUUCCACCCUUCUCCCGGUCUUAUGCUCCUUUCCUGCCUGGUGUUUGGCUGUUGCGUCUCAUCAUUCGCACAUCGGAGGCAAAGCCAAGACCCGUUUCAGUUUGUCGUCUACCUGGUUCUCCUCAGCUGUGCCGCCGCAAUCGGGUACGCUGCCCGAGCGCAUGUAUACUUGAUCCUGCUCGGCUAUCUCCCAUGGGCAACAUGCGUCGCCAUGGUUAUCAGCAUCUCGGGCCCCGGGGUCUACAGGUUUCUAAAGCCUCAUCCCACAACGAGUCAAGGAGGGGGGGAGAAGGCACGAUACUUGGGAUGAAUUACUGGAAGACAUAGAAUGUCCGAAACGAC